CUCCCUCUUAGCUCUCCUCUUUGACUCGGUCCGAGCUCCGACCAUGGCGAAUCUACCCCCCUCCCUCUCCAUGAAUCCUUCCUACGGAGGCCCCUCUCCUCCCUCGCCCUCCCCCAUCGCCUCCGCCGCCGCAGCCGCAGCCGCCGCCGCUGCCGCCGCUGCGGCGGCGGGUGGCGCCGCCGCAGCCUCCGCCGCGGCGCAGGUCCCCAAGGAUCGCAAGAUGGCCUCGGCCGAGCAACUCGUCCUCGACCUCUGCGACCCCGAGCUCAGGGAGAACGCCCUGCUCGAUCUCUCCAAGAAAAGGGAGAUAUUUCAGGAUCUAGCGCCAUUAUUGUGGAGCUCUUUUGGCACAAUUUCUGCACUUCUCCAAGAGAUUGUCUCAAUCUAUCCUGCACUUUCACCCCCAACAUUAUCGCCAGCUGCAUCAAACCGAGUUUGCAAUGCGCUUGCUCUUCUUCAGUGUGUCGCAUCACAUCCGGAUACUAGGAUCCAUUUCUUAAAUGCUCAUAUACCUCUGUAUCUGUACCCGUUUUUAAAUACGACCAGUAAAACGAGGCCAUUUGAGUAUCUUAGGCUUACCAGCUUGGGAGUUAUCGGUGCCCUUGUGAAGGUUGACGAUACUGAAGUUAUUGGUUUUCUUCUGCAGACAGAAAUAAUUCCUCUUUGUCUUCGCACCAUGGAGAUGGGCAGUGAACUUUCAAAAACAGUUGCAACUUUUAUUGUUCAAAAAAUUCUACUGGACGAUAUUGGGCUCCGUUAUAUUUGCGCGACUGCAGAGCGUUUCUUUGCUGUGGGUAGUGUCCUAGCCAAUAUGGUUGUAACGCUUGCUGAACAACCUUCUACAAGGUUGCUUAAGCACAUUAUCCGAUGCUAUCUUAGACUAUCAGACAAUCCAAGGGCAUGCGGAGCUCUGCAAAGUUGCCUACCGGACAUGUUGAAAGAUGGGACAUUCAACAAUUGUCUUCGUGAUGAUCCGGCAACUCGGCGAUGGCUUCAGCAGCUGUUACACAAUGUGACCGGAGGAAACUUGGGAGCUUCUCCUCAAGCAGGACUCGACUACAUGACAUGAUGGCGAUCGGAUCAACCGCCACGGCGAACCUUCCAUCUCAUAAGAUCAAAAUGUAGCUUCUUACUAUUUAUAUAAAUAUCUGGACCGUUAACAUCCUCAUCCCGGGAGUCUUGUAGCGAAAACUGAAGCUGUUAUUUAUGCAGCAUCUAAUGUUAUAACUGAUUCAAAAUGUUGUGCUAUUUUUUUCCAUGUUGUAGAGAUUUGAGCACAACCAACUUUUUUUUUUUUUGUUAAUCCAAUGAUGUGAAUAUAUGUCGUAAAUUGUAACGCAACUACGAUCUGUGUGCAUUUUGUGUUGUUAAUGUUAUCAAACUCUUCUUUUGUACA